AUGAUUUAAAAAUAAUAAUGAAUGAAAAUAUAUGUUAUAAAAAAAUAUGUCAUUCUCAAAAUGAAAAGGCAGCAAUUUUAAAAUUAGAUGUAUACAUAAAAAAAUAUGAAAAAAAAUUCGGAAAAAUAUCAUCUCAAAAAGCUUUGCCACCAAAACAAUUAAAAUUAUUAAAUCUUAUGCAUAAAUUAAUAAAAACUAUAGAAAAAGAAGAAAUCGAUAAACAACAAGCAUUUCAAUUACUAAAAAUAUCUAAUGAUGCAAUAAAAACAACUAUUUCUACAUUUCAAGAUUCAAUGAAACGAUAUAAAGAAAGCGUAAAAACUGAAUUUGCAAAACUUGAUUGUUUAAGUACAAAUCGACUUUUAAAUAUUAAUUAUAUACAUAUAUAACUUAUCAAUGUCAAAUUAAAUAUUAAAAUUAUAAAAAAAUAUAGA